GAUUGAAGAUGUCUUAGCUGGGUCGUGACCGCCCCCCUUUUCCCGGUUUCUCUCCUCGCCCUUCGCUCGGAAAGCCGACAUAGAUGAGAUGGAAAAGGCAGGGCUUUUCGGCGCCCUUGGUUACCUGAUGCUUAAUGCCCCCUUGCUCUUCGUGGUCCAGGCUACAUUUACAGAAGUCCCGAAAGAUGUGACUGUUAGGGAGGGAGAUGAUAUUGAGAUGCCUUGUGCUUUCCGGGCCAGCGGAUCCACCUCUUACUCCUUGGAAAUCCAAUGGUGGUACCUUAAAGAACCAGCCCGGGAGCUUGCCCACGAAUUAGCCCUCGGUGGCCCUGGCAGCAGAAGCAAGGUAACAAAUAAGGAUGCAACUAAAAUCAGUACGGUGAGGGUCCAGGGCAACGACAUCUCGCACCGGCUGCGCCUGUCCGGGGUGCGGCGGCAGGACGAGGGCGUCUACGAGUGCCGCGUCUCGGACUACGGCGACGAGGACACGCAGGAGCACAAAGCCCAGGCGCUGCUGCGCGUCCUGGCGCGCUUCUCGCCGCCCGACGUGCAGGCGGCCGAGGCCGUCUCGCACAUCCAGAGGAGCGGGCCCCGCCGCGCCGGCCCGUCGGGGCGCGCCACCGCCGAGCCCGGCCUGGGAGACAAGCGCCUCCUGCCGGCGCAGGGCGAAGCUGCCGCCGCCGCCUCCUCCUCGGCCGCCGCCGCCGCCGCCUCCUCCUCCUCUCCGGCCGCCUCCUCGUCGUCUCCUGCGGCCGCCUCCACGUCCAGCGCCCCCACCGCGGCGGCGGCGGCGGCGGCGGCGGCCUCGUCGGCGUCGCCCCGUCCGGGCAAAGCGGCCAUCCUCCGCCAGCAGCACGGGUCAGGUACCGACCCUAUUUACGCAACAGACCCAUUCCUCUUUACGUUCCUGUUAAUGCUGCAUAAGCUCGUACACUUACUAUUAAACCUCUGAUGGACCACUUUAUCCAAUACUCCUCGACCAACCAAGAAGGAUCCUAUUUAAAAAUAAUUGGGGGGAAGAGAACCCUCAAUGAGGACUAGAAUCUUAAAGAUGGACAGAGAGAGACUGGAAAAAAAGCAUGACACGCUCGAUGGGGGGAGGGGUUAAAGCAUAUUUUUGGGGACGUCACACAAAAGUCACCUAAAAUAAAGCAUCUAGAUUCCAGAUUCUAUGGUAUAAGCAACCUGGUUCCACACAAAGGUUAUCUAUUAUUUUUAUCUCCGGUUUAUUUUUCUUCUCCAGUGUCUUUUUUUCUAAACCUUUCCACCAACAGUUAUUUUUGCACGGACCGUUGAACAGUGGCUUUUAUGACAAUAUGUAAAAAUGUAGGGGAUUGGGGGAGGGGUCAAAAGGACACUAUUUUUAGUAGAUUAUUGUGAUUAGAUUUUUUUUAAAUUUUCCUGUUCUCCCCGUCCCUCCUUUUUAAUUAAAUUAUUUCUUUUGAAAACAUUGAUUUAAAGAAAAAAGGCACAUCUUACCAUAAUGGAUAUUCACUGUCAAUAAUAUUUAUUUUUAAAUAAAAAAAAAAAGAUUGGAAACAAGGUAAGACAUUUGUUUAUAAACUGUAUUGUAUAUUGCUGAAUAACAGUUGAAUUAAAAAAGAGAGAUUUUGA